AUGGACUUCCUUCUCGUUGAGCAUGCCAUCGUGGCCGCUGUUUUCAUCUGGCUCAUCAACAAGGCCUUCUCCCUGGGCUUCCAGGGGGUGAAGGACGCCCUGCUCGUGGGGGUCAUCCGAGGCCUGUCGGUGGUGCCCGGCGUCAAGGGCAAGAUCGAGCAGGAGAACCAGAAGAUAGUCGAGAAGAUCGAGGUGAUGGUCAAGAACAAGGAGCUCGACGAGCUGGCCCGCGAGCGCAGCCUCACCUUCACCCGCAUCCCCGCCCGAGGCCUCGACUCGGACUCCCUGCUCUCGGCCAUGCGCGCCAUGCGCGGCGACAACAUCGAGAAGGCCUACGCCGCCGGCAAGGGAUUCGGAGGGAUCUACAUUGAUCUGGAGAGCCACGAGGAGACGCAGCACCAGGUGUUCGGCCUGUUUGCCGACAGCAAUGCGCUGUAUCCGGACCUCUUCCCCGCCCUGCGCAAGUUCGAGGCCGAGGUCACAUGCGGCACCAUGACCUCGGGCGGCACGGAGAGCAUCCUGAUGGCCGUCAAGACCUACCGGGAGAGCGCCCGGAAGCGCAUCCCCGGCAUCAAGCCGCAGAUGAUCGUUCCGGCGGCUCAUUACUUUGACGUGGAGCUGGUGGUGGUGCCCGUUGAUGACGUCACCAUGGAGGUCGACCUCGCCGCCGUCAGGAAGGCCGUCAACCCCAACGUCAUCAUGAUCGUGGGAUCGGCGCCUGGCUAUCCGCACGGUGUGAUCGACGACAUCGAGGAGCUGAGCAAGAUCGCGCUGCAGCACGGCGUAGGUCUGCACGUCGACGGCUGCCUCGGCGGCUUCCUCCUGCCCUGGCUUCAGAAGCUCGGUCACAUCUCGAAGAAAUUCGACUUUUCGGUGCGCGGCGUGACGUCGGUGAGUCUCGAUGUCCACAAAUACGGUUACAGUGCGAAGGGCGCGUCGGUCAUCUGCUACCGCAACAAGGAGCUCCUCCUCAACCAGUUCUUCACCUACACCGAGUGGUCCGGUGGGCUCUACUGCUCUCCGUCUGCGGCCGGCAGCAGACCCGGAGGACUGAUUGCCACCGCAUGGGCGUCGCUGGUGAGUCUCGGCGAAGAGGGCUACCUCAAGGCCGCCCGAAAUAUCCAGGAGACCUUCGAGGUUCUCGUCAACGGGAUCAAGGCUCUGCCGGACGUGGAGCUGGUGGGCGCGCCCGAGGCCUGCGCCAUCGCCUUCGGGUCUUCCAAGCUGGACAUCUUCAAGGUGGCCGACGCCAUGCGCAAUCGAGGCUGGAACAACAUCGCCUGCAUGCAGAAGCCCGUGUGCCUCCACAUUCCCGUCGCCAUGCGCGAAACUUUCAACCGGGAUGUGUUCCUGGCGGACCUGCGGGAGUCCGUCGACGAGGUGCGCGAACACCCGGAGAGGUUCAAGGACGGCAUGGCGCCGGUCUACGGCAUGGCGGCGACGAUGCCCGACCGCAGCCUCGUCUCGCAGCUCCUCACCAGCUACACUGAGGCCCUCCUCAAGGUAUGA